AUGUGUUCAACACUCGUGCCUCCGUCGUCGGACUUGGGCCGGGAUGAGGUUGGAGGAGAGUUCGAGGUUCGUGGAUCUGAGUCUGAGUAUGCUGGAAAAGAUUCAGGUUUCGUGUCCGACGGACUGCUGUGCGACUCGGAUGGAUUGCCUGAGGUCCCAGCGAGCGUGUCGACGGCACAGUCCGAGUUAACUUGCGAGUACGCGAUAUCGCCGUGGAAUAUCGGUCUAAAUGCUGUGGCGAACAAACUCUGGUAUAGUUCGUCCCAGGGGCCUCUCGACGUCAACUGGGGGGAGGACUCUGGAAGUCCUCCGAUCGCGAGCGAGGGUUCCGGAAUGACGGAUAGCACCAUGGUCGACUCGGACGUCCAGGUAUCCUCAGGCUGUGUCUGCCCAUCUGAACUGAUGGGCUGCGAUCCGGACGUCGGUCUCAAGUUGCCAGCUUUGGACGGACUCGAGCACGGGUUUUCGCAGCUCACCUCGAACACUUCGGAUGGGGAAGGGUACGAUAUCAAUUUCGACCCCGACGACGAUGACGACAACUUCAACCUCGCCGAAUCGCCCACUACCUCCAGCUCUCAGGCUUCCCGUGGUCCGACUCGACGCGGCCGUGGAAACUCGAAGGGGAUCCGGAAGGGCAGUCGCGCAGGGAAGAGACGUAUCGUGGUCAAUACGCCCUGUAAGAUCGCUUGUCACUUCUGUCGUCGACGCAAGAUUUCCUGUAGGCAGACCACGUUUCCAUUCCCGAAAGAUUGCGAGUAA